AGAGAGAGAGAGAGAGAGAGAGAGGGGAUUCAGGUGAGGAAGAGGUGAAGAUGGAGUUGGAGUCGGUGGGCGAUUUGGCUCUGCACAUAAUCCUGACGAAGUUAGGGCCCGAGAACGUCUGCAGGGCCGCGUGUGUGAACAAGAAGCUCAGGCUCUCCGCCUCGGAGGACACUGUCUGGUCCAGGUUCUGCUUGCAGGAGCUCGAUCUCUCCGCUCCUCUUGGUCCUCAGGGCGAUCCUCUUCCUUCUUUCAAGGCGGCCUAUCAAAAAUGGAGAGAAGCUUUCUGCAUGUAUCCUUGGCCCCUUGUCAGGCGAGUAAAAAGAUGUUGGGACAGGCUGCAGGGAUGGUUGUCCAUGAAUUUCCCUGAGGCUGCAGCCACUCUCAGAAAGGGUGCAUCUGAAGCUGAUAUUCAAGAGUUGGAGAGCGUGUUAAGAGUAAAAUUACCUCUCCCCACGAGGAUACUCUAUCGUUUUCAUGAUGGCCAAGAGUUUGCUGACAGUGAUUUCACGAAAAGUACACUUGGCGGUUCCCUGGGCAUCAUAGGCGGAUAUUGUUUUUAUGAUCACUUGGUAAAUGUGAACUUGUUACCUUUAAGUCAGGUGAUUCUGGAGACGAAUCAUAUUAUACGGCACCUUGGGUUUUCAAGCAGAUCCAACUACAUAGUUGUGGCUGCUUCUUGCACAUCUGGAGAGAAGCUGUUUUUCCUCAACUGUAGACAUGGUCAACUUCAUGUUGGCACUAGGAAUCUUCCCACAGACGGAGAAAUGAUGCCAUGUGUUCCUAAUGCAUUGAUAAGUUCAGUUCAUGAUAGGAAUGCUGAUCUGCAGCAGGAUGCCAUGUUACUUUGGUUAGAGGAACAUGGUCGUCGCUUGCAAAGUGGCAUGAUCAAACUUCGUGAAGAAGGAGGCGUCAGAAGUAUCUGUCAGUUUCCAGAGGAACCUGCCCUCUGUUCCACUGCCAUAACCAAUGGUGUCCGGACGAGGGAGGCGAAAGAUGACAAGGAUUCCAAAGCAGAGACCUGUGCCUCUGUUGAAAUUAUUCGAGCUUCUGCUGUCUUCGUUCCGGAGCACUCUGAUCUCCAAGAUGAAUCUAACAGAUACCUAUUUUCAUAUUCAAUUCGGAUGUCACUUAUUCCCGAGGGAUGCAUGGCCAAUGGAAUGCCCUACAACUAUUGCCAAUUGCAUUUGAGGCACUGGAUUAUCCGUGACAAUGAUGUUAUAGUCUCAAAUGUCAAUGGGGAGGCUGUCAUUGGAAAGUUCCCUCUCUUGCAUUCAGGUGGCAAAGAGUUUGUUUAUCAGAGUUGCACAAAUUUACAAUCUUCCAGGGGAUCUAUUGAAGGCGCUUUCACCUUUGUGCCUGGAAGACUGGCAGAUCCAAAGGGCGGUCCCUUUUCAGUUCAAGUGGCACAAUUUCCUGUUCAGCUUCCAGAUUAUGUCUUCUAAGAGUAUUUGUCGUCAUAUCGUGCUCAGCUUCUAUCAUGUAUUUGCAAUCCAUCCUGCAAUUGUGUUGAUUGGUCUAUUCGGGGAAGUCACUGAAGGCAAGUUCAUAUUUUUGGUGUGGUGUGUUUUAUGUCCUGAAUGGUUUCAUUUGUUCUGAGGGCCUUUCUCUUAUCUCCUUGUAGUCUAACUGGUCUUUCAGUUUAUUGUCCAUAAAUAAGUUAGCUUAUUCUUCUUUGCCUUCGGUCGUACUCAAAAUAGUGAAGUUUGAGGUAAUUUAUAUUGAUGUGAACCCUUGACUUCCAGUUCAUUCCGAAGCUUCGCUCCUGCCUUCUGUGUUACUUUGUGUGCAUUCUAGUCUGGAAAGAAAACUUUUUGUGUUCUGCUUUA